AUGUUUUUGAAAAAAAAAAAGAUACUAUUAUUCACCAAGGUAGCAUUAAAUUGAUAAUAAAAAAAAUACAGCCCAGACAUUGAUAAUGUUACAAAUUACUAUUACUCUUUGAAAUAACAGUUAAUUUCGUCUUUACAUAUGAUUGCAAAGCCCUAUUUUCAGCAGCCAUUACUCCAGUGUACUGACAGCACACUGUGUUACCUCAUCCUUACUGUAAGUAUUCAUGCUAAUGUGCCUGUUUGGUACCAGAGAAAGCACUCCCAUUAGGCGCAGCUGAAAACAAUUGUGCUGUUUACUUAAGCUAAAAAAUAUCUUUCUUUCAGUUGCAGUAUCCAUUACGCUGGCAUUUCUAAAGUUAAAUUGUGGUUUAAAAAAUGGCUAAAAAGAAAUGGCUUUCUCUAGAAACUUGUCAGUCAGUUGUUCUUUUGAGAGAUGAAGGCUAUUCCAUGCGUGAGAUUGCCAAGAAACUGAAGAUCUCAUACUAAGGUGUGCACUACCGUCUUGAAAGAGGAGAGCAAACUGGAUCUAACCAGGCCAGAAAGAGAUGUGGAAGGCACAGGUGCAUGACUGUGCAAGAGGAAAAGUACAUCAGAGUCUCUAGUUUGAGAAACAGAUGCCUCAUAGUCCUCAGUUGGCAGCUUCAUUGGACCGUACCCGCCAAACAUCAGUUUCAUUUGCAAUAGUGAAGAGACGACUCCGGGAUGCCACCCAUAAUACUCUUUUCCAAUCAUCUACCGGUCAAUCUUUGGAUUAUUUUGCUAAUUUUUACCUUUUCUUCUUGUUUUCCAGUUUCAGAAGGGAAAUUUUCUUUGGAACUUUGCCUGUAAGGCCAGCAUAAAGUUGAAGAGAAUAAACAAGUGGAAACCUAAACUAAAGAGGGGUGUUCAUUUUUACAGAGUGUGUGUGUGUUUGAGACAGAGUGUGUGAAUGUUUGUGUGUGUUUGUGUAUGUGUGCGUGUUUGUGUGUGUGUUCAAAGGUUGAAAAAGGCCCUGAACAGUUUCAACAAAUACUUCUACAAAAUGAGCAUUGUGUAAAGGCAUUUGAUCAGGUGAUCAGGUUGUGGUCAUGCCGGAAGUCAGUGCGGCAGGGCUCAGAGGCGUGAGCAGGCAUGGGACACGCCCACAUGCUGCUCUGUGUGCUUUUGAGAACUGAAAGUAGGUAUAACUCAGCCAACCUCUUUACCACCAAGUCCUCAGUAACACCGAGUCGUCAGGAGAAGAAAUAGCGUAUCCGUGUUGUGCUUCAGCCAGUUUAGAUGUGACACGACCGGACUUGUCAGUUCUUACCCAAGUGAAUACCUCUGUGCUACUGGAAGCCGCUUGAUGUGAACGGGAGUGUGAGAAAUGCAGCAGUUUGCAGUGAUUGAAGACUGCAGCCUGCAGUCCUGGUCUGUGAUUGGUGCUGGAGGUUUUGGACAGAUCUAUAAGGCCAAACACAAGGGGACGGAGGUGGCAAUCAAACUACUGCAUCAUGAUGAUGGUGCAUCUCUGCUGAAGGAGGCGGAGUCCAUGCGUCACGGUGGGACGUGGUGCAAGUAUGUGGUGGUGGUUUCUGGGGUGUACCAGGGGACUCCCCCAGGCUGGCCCUCACCCCAGAUGGGCCUGGUAAUGGAGCUGGUGGAGAGGGGGUCUGUGGAGUCCCUCCUGCAGAGGCUGGGGGGGCCCCCUCCCUGGGCCCUGACCUUCCGCCUGGCUGAUCAGGUGGCCAAUGGCAUGAACUUCCUGCACCAGCUCUCCCCCCCACUGCUGCACCUCGACCUCAAGCCCAGCAAUGUGCUGCUGGACCACGGCUUGCAGGCUAAGAUCGCAGAUUUUGGACUGGCCCAAGUGAUGCGCAGUAUUUCCAGUGUGGGGGGGCAGGGAAAUGAAGGGGGAACACUGAGCUACAUGCCCCCCGAAGCCUUCAAACUGUCCUACAAACCCACACCUGCCUCCGACUCCUACAGUUAUGCCAUCCUGCUCUGGUCUUUAAUCACAGGCAGGCAGCCCUAUAGAGAUGCUCUGUCCUGUAUAGUCCGGUUGAGGAUUCCGGAAGGGGACAGGCCCAGCCUGGAGGGGGUGGACCGGGAGGCAGCUGAGGGUUUGGGGGAGCUUGUUGACCUCAUGGUGAGAUGCUGGGACCCCAGCCCCCAAAAACGGCCCUCUUUCGACGACUGCCGCCCAGUGACAGAGAAGGUGUUUAAUCUGCACAGAUGUGGAAUUAAUGAUGCCAUCUACCAGGCAUCAAAAGCACUGGAUGACGACAAUGAGGUAUCUUCCUCUUGCUCCAGGAUUGGCACCCUCCACAUCUCUGCCAGUCCAGUUCACAAUGGACCCCUCCCUGCACAGGAGACACCUGGAAAUUUCACCCCUCACUCCAAAGUCAAAGUGUCUGCUCCACAUCGCCCAAUCAGAAUGCUAUCUGCUGAUCCAACCCUGCACUCAGCCAAUCAACCUCCAGUGGCUGCCUCCUCGUCCUCCAAACAAAGCUUGGAGGGUCAGUGCUGCAGACAGACUCCAGUGCUGUGUUCCAAGAGCAUCAAUAUUUCCAGAGUGACUGCAGUGCAGAUUGGAGACCACAACACCAUGACCAUCACGACUGGCAGCCGGACGCGCCGCAGAAACCCCACAGCGCCUGCUAGUGUCAGCCUCCCAGCAUCGCAGCCUGGAAAACCAUUCCAGUGAACAACAGGCCCUGACUCACCUGUGGCCCUGACUCACCUGUGGCCUUUACACACCUGUGGCCCUUACUCACCUGUGGCCUUUACACACCUGAGGCCCUUACUCACCUGUGGCCUUUACACACCUGUGGCCCUUACUCCUGACACGCCCGUGGCCCUGACUCACCUGAGACUCAGUUCUGAAAUAAGGAUGUGUGUGAUCAUGAGUGUCAGUGGCACAGUGGCAUGUAAAGGUUUGGGCAACCCAGGACAAAUCACAUGUUUUGUUAAUUUACUAAGCGGAAAGAAUUUGACAAACUCUACAAAGAAUAAAUUUAAAUAUAGCAUAUUUCAAUUUUGCCUGAAUUUAACUGAAGAAAUAAAACUGUAAAUGUG